GAUCUAAAAAGAGUGCAUUGUUUGUUCCGUGCUACGCUUUAUUGCUACGUUGGUACUAAUUGCAAUUGUACCUAAAUAUUCAAUAUUUGGGUACAAUUGUUCUCAAACGUAUAACACAAAAAGGAUGGAAAUAAAUAACGAGAUUGUUCUAUUAAGACAAUGCAUUCGUCAGGCCCGUAUCUGUGUAAUAAAUAAACUGAUCAGAGAAGCGAAAAGGUUACGCAGUGGUAACGGUAGUGAAAAACAAUUGGAAAAAAAUAAGAAUAAGGCGGAUAAACUUUUAAGGGAAGUAUUUGCGUUAAAAGGUAUUAAAGACGAUGAGAUAUCAAAAUUCGGAAUUACUAAGUUUAAAUGCCUGCAAGACAUAUUACAAAACACACACACUGACGAUGGAACUCGGGCUAUGGCGAAAGUUGUUCGUUACAAGUCCUUAAGUUCGAAAAUAAUAGAAUUUCAGGAAAAGUUUCCAGACUACAGUGAACAUAUUUCGUUGAGGAAACAGAGGUGUUCGUCGAAAAGAAAAGGACAUUGUGUUACAGAUGUACUAAAAAAGCAUUCGAACCAAUUACAAUGUGAUACAAACAACACUGUAGAAAAAGUGUACGAAGGGAACACAAAAAUUGCAGGUGAUGUUACAUCUUCCACUGAUGUACCUUGUGAAAAAGGAAGGAAGGUUAAUGGAGAAUGUAGAAGAUUAUCGGAAGGAAGGGAAUUGAAUACAGAAUCUAAGGACGAUGGAGGUAAUCCAAGGAGGAUAUUAAAAAUGCAAGAUGUAGAGAUAGACUCUAGGACUGACCAAAGUUCUAAGACUGUCACUAAAGUCAUUAGCAACGAGGCCAUUGUUAAACCAUUCAUGGAAGUUUUGCAACAAAAAGAAGAAGAAACUGGCAAAUACAAGGAAACUAAAAGUCAGCAGUGUUGUAACGAAGCAGUGGAAUCAUUAAAAAACACAGAUGAUUUUUUUUUACCUAGAAAUAAAGUAACCUUGCGUUCAAGCGAUACUCUGUUUUCUAAAGAGGUAAACACUAGCGGUCAACAUCAUAUUAGUCGUGAUAUAUUUAAGUUGCGCGAAAUUAAAGAGAAAAAGUAUAAACUGUAUAACGAAAAAACAUACAAAGAGAGAAAGGAGGGUAGAGGACGAAAAAUGAAUUGUGCAAAUAUCUUUCAUGAUCAAAGUGGCGUAACAGAGAGAAGCGAUACACAUUGGAAGCGAAAUAAGAGAGAUACGCAAGUUAAAGAAGAGGAGAAAAUUAAUAAAAUAAUUUAUCCAGAAUAUGAAAAUCUACAUCCUUCCUGGAUCGCAAAGAAGAAGCAACAAGAUAUUAUGAAACAGGGGUUUCAAGGGAAAAAGAUUAAAUUUGAUGAGAACUAAAUAACGACUUUCGACAUCUCUAUUAAAUACAUAUUUGUCGUAUAAUUUUCGAAAUGAAGGGACAACGUUAUGUUAGUUUUAAUAAACGGUGAUCGAUAUAUUGAGAAGGAAA